UACUGUUAAUAACGGGGAGAACCGUCCAAGACGCCCUUCUUGAAGAAAAGCCCCUCGCAACAUCACUGGUUUAUUUACCACGCACUAGCCGUUUUCACGACGACUAUUUGGGUGGGUGGCCAUGGCCGGUGGUCGGGCGUGUGACCCGCCGUCUCCGCGGCUCCUGCUGCUGAGCCUGCUGAUACUGAUACCGCCGAGCCGGGCCUGCAUGGAGACGGUGCUGCAGAACGGCACCAUGGCCGACGCCGAGCUGGUGGUGCCCCAGCUGACCGUCCCCUCCAGCUGCGCGUGCUGCGCGCUCUGCCACCACCACGACACCUGCUCCAGCAUCAGCUUCAACGCCGUCAGCGGCGCCUGUCGACUCUACUCCUCGGUGCCCGACUUUUCCCGGAUCACCGUCGACGCCGACAGCGCGCUGUUCGUCCGUCCGGGCCGCUCCAACCACCUGCAGUUUUGUCGACACGACUCGGACUGCGUCGACCCGGCCGCCGCCGGCGACCAGUGUCACGGCCGCGUCUGCACCGAUGACCCGACGGUGACCUGCCGUGACCUGGCCGAGACGAUGGGCGCGCCGAUGAACGACGUCUACUACGGCUCUCUGGACGGCGUGACGACCAAGUACUACUGCGCCUCUCACUCGGGCAUCGACGGAUGGACGCUCAUCUCCAGGAUGACCGGUGGAAAGGGAUCUUGGUCUCGCACGAACAUGAUGCAACGCAACGUGGACUCUCCAGAUAACCCGACGUACUCGCAAUUGUUCCGAGCCAACGACCUGAGAGCCGCCGGGGUCGACACGACAUUUCAGAUUCUGGUGCUGUUCGACACGAGCGUCGGUUUCCACGGCACGGUGCCGGUCCAGCAGUCGCUCGAGGUGAACACCUACACGGGAACCAGCUCCGUGACCUCGGUGACCCUCAUCGGAGCGAUGGACGCCGCAAAGGCUAUCCUGCCGUGGAUGCCCAGCGCCGGAAACGCCCUGCUGUCACUGACCACGGAUCAGGGGUCGGUGUACUAUUUCCAGACGCUGAUCAACACAGCCGGUACGCCGUACCUGGGCUCGGCUCAGACCAAUUCCGAGUACUAUGUUCGGGAGUGAAUGACGCUAAUUUCGUUAUAAUUUCGUUUCAGACUCUGUGAGACUCUCCCCAGUUGGAUCUGGCUGUUUUGUUGGCUAUGUGUCUUUGUUUGCUGUGAUUGAUUACAUUUAGUCUUGAAGGCCGCGCAGUUGAUUAAUUCGUUCAGUUAUGAUUCCUGACAAGUCAUCUAUCACCUUCAUGGAGCUAUAAAUAUAGGCGAA